UCGUAGGGACGUUUUCUCGAGUGCCCGGAGAGAGCGCGUUUGUGGCGGAAUAGCGGAGCUGGAUAUCCUUCAUUUACUGAGAUUAUUUCACAGAAAUAGAGGCAUCACGUACCUGAAAUUAAUCAUGGCAGAGAAAAAAUUUGAGUUUUCCAGUAAAGAGGAGCUUUUCAGCCUUAUAGGCGACGUUGACUGUCCGUACUGCACAAAACCAGUCGCAACAUCUCAUCAUCAUUUGUCCACACACCAUCUGAGAUAUGCCAUACAUUUUGCUGAAGGUGGUACUGGCAAGUUCUCAAUACCCUGCUACUGCCCCGACGAGAGACGUGGCAAAAGGAGCCACUGGCAUUGUACUAAGUGCACAAAAAUAAUACAGAGGACUGCGGAUUUCAGACUGCACCUCACUAACCACGGUGUUUUGCUGACAGACAAGCCUGUGGAUGGAGAAGCUGCUAGCGUGGGUACUUCGUGUGUCAGCGAUGCAGUUGAAGAUUACAGAACGUCGUGCCAGAAAUGUGAUUCUCUAUUCGCAAACCCAUCUAAUCUGAGGAGACACAAGAGGCAGCAGAACUGCAGACAGGAACAACCCAUGGUUUGCGUAGACGCAAAGAACGGGUUAUACGUGACGCCGAAGGAUCCUCAAGGAACAAAGUUUCCGAUACAUAUAUGUAAGUCUCUUGUUUCACAGAGUUUCGUUUGUGAAUUGGAGUCGUGCAGGGAUUUCAUGAAGAUGGCUGCCCAAAGUGGAAAUCCUGGGAAGGAGUGCUAUCACCUGGAGAGGACGAGGAACGCCCGGUGCUACAGUCCUCCUCCACCACUGUGCAAUGCCUCGCUGGAGGAGAUGGCUGAAAAAGGAAUCGUUUCUAAAACAAGGCAACAGGAAUGUAUGGCAUUGCAUGCAAGGGCAUGUUUAGAGGAAGUCGACUGUGUAUUUCCUGUUUUUUGGGAGGAAUUUGGACCCUCUGAGAGAUACAUCUACUUCUCCGUUUAUGCCGGCCAGACCGACACCUGGUGUCAGUUUGGAAGAACACUCGUCACACUGGACACCAAGUUUGGUAAAUGGCAGUGCCAGUGCACAGGCGCAAAGGAAGAGCACCAGAGCUGCGUCCAUCAACAUUUAUCCAUGUGGUGGGUCUUUCAGGAACGUCCCUGUUGGCGCAAAAAUGCUGUAGUUACCAACUCAGAAGAAAUGAUAGAUGAUAUAGAGACAAAAGUCAUGGAUCUUGAGGACAUGCUGGAGAUGCAGCAUUCUGAAUAGACACGUCGGAGCUUCUCCGUGAUGUUUUUGCAGGUAUGGGAAAUACUGCAUGUUCUGCUGUUAUUACAGUGACCAACUUGAUACUUGUGGAGUUCAAAGGAGAGGAACCACCAGAGGACAAAAGAGAGACCCAUGCUGGAGAACUUUGAGCCGCAAGAAAGAAAGUGCCCUUACACGGGAGAGGAGACACGUGCCACGGCGUAUGGAACGUUUACACUGGACAAGAGUGCUUCAUCUUUUUUUAGCCUUUUAAUUUUUUUCAAGCUUUUAUUCUUUUAUUUUAAGAGUUAUAUGAAAGCAUUUUUAAGUAUGCCAAGGUGAUGCCAGAGAAGCUUGGCCACAUUUCAAAAAUGUGGUCACAUUUGAGAAAAAUCGUCUUACGGUUCUCGUGCUCUUGUUUGAAGUUCAGUCUGUGACUACAUAGCGAUUGGGCUGCUGUAUCAGUUGUAUGCAGUAAAGUGUGAAGUGAAGAAAAGGCCAGAUUUUUUUCCUUUUUUAUCCCGUCAAAGAACUAUGAUUUGUAAAUUCUUCUCGGAAUUUCUGAUCAUUGGACCAUUCCUUCGGAAUUAGUUCAAACUGUUUCAAUAAAAAAAAAUUUGAAACAUUUAAACAACAAUUCAGAUCUUAGAUUUUUACAUGGAUUGGGUCAUGAUCUGUUUAAACCUAAGGCAUUAAUUGAGAUUGUAAUAAGCUAAAUAUAUACAAAAUCAUCUUUUAUAGGGUGCCUUCUGUUGGGAGGUGUCUGUCCCAAACCCUAACCCCAAAAUUUACUCUUGUGAUGACAAUUCUCUUUUUUUUUUUCCUUUUUUUAAGAUUUAAAAAGAUUCUUUAC